GUUAUAUCUGUUUUCCACUUCUGUGUUUUAACUCUCUCGCUGGGCACAGUUAACCACUCGCCGCGCAAUCCACGAUUAAAACUUAUGAAAUCAUGGCAAUGUCGCCACAGUUACUUCUCCAUUUGUUUUCGCUGUUGUGUAUUGGCAGCAAUGUUACUCAGUCUGCGAAAAGAAACAUAACAAACAGCGGAGAUCUUUUAAGCACACUGAAUACUAAACCAGAAGGCCUACCACCUAUGUCGGAAAACCUGUCGGGAUCAAACCCCCUCGGAGAUAUACAAGCAUCAGACUACAUGGUUCGGCUUUUCCUGCGCAUCUCGAAAUCAAACGGACAAUUGACUAAUCCGGACGCUUUUAUGGGAGACCAUAUUCACGGAUUCAUCGAUAAUGGUGAGUUAUUUGCUUUGAAAGUGGACUUUAAUCGUAUCGUUUGUAAAUCGGGCUUAUGGGUGUAUACGUUAAACGUGCCUCAUAUGGUUUUCUCUAUGCAUUAGAAGCCUGUUUGCUUAAUUUCGAGCUGCUCUAAAUGCUAUUUAUCGGUUAGAAUGUCAGUCUUACGCGAACUUUGGUUGCCUCGAAAGUUUAGGUGGUUUUUUCAUCUUAUCCGCCCUGUGAAACUGUUAUCUACCCGAUGAGUGAGAUCGAAAGUUCGAAGAUAUGGAAUAACCGUGGACGUUGUCUUUUUAUACCAAAAUUUCAGUUAAACAAUAAUGACGGUAUCGUGCUGCUGAAAACGUGGGUAAGUGAGGAGAAAAACUCCGAAUUUCUUAGACAAACAGAACGGUUAUCCAGAAAAUUUUAGCCUUUUCGAGCUUAACAAUUUUUUACACAAUAUUUGCUCCUUCAAACAGUUUUUAAAAUAUUUUACAACAAAAAGUCGUUGAGUGCCCCUAGUUUUAGGCUGGAAGGGCACCACAUUUUGUUUUUUGCUGGUUACAUGGUUAAUUUUGCUUUAAAAGCAUGUAGCAUUAGUUUGUGAUUCAAAUGAAACAAAACUAAAAGGCACCUUUUUUCAAGCUUCGUGUAUAUUAGCCUGCGUUACAGCCGAGCCACUCAUCGUGAACAUUAGUAUAGCUCCAUACAGAAGGUUUAGAGUACGCAGGUUACGUGUAUAUUAAAUUGAAUUAUAUAAUGAAGUAAGAAAAAUCUGUCCUGUGGGUUAUAAAAUGGUCCUACAUUAAAAUUAUUCGAACACAGGCUGUAUCAUGUUGUAAUUUAUUAAACGCUGCAUUGAUAUACAUGUAGCAAGGACAUCAGACCUUCUGUUUUACGGUUAGAAAAGGGAUGUAGAGUUCCCCAGUAAGCACGUGAAAGGAAAACCAUUCUUCAGUUGAAGAUACACGAAAGGGGUAUCUUUUCUACAUGGUGCGGGUAUAAAGUUUAAGGCUGGCGGGGGCUGGACAGUUUUUAGACUCUUGAACUUAGUAUUCCACCGGCGAAACAGCUGUAUGAAGCCGUCUAUUGUUGGGAGACUAUAUCCGAUAGAAGCGACCGUAAUCCAAUAUUGAGCCAUUUACAAACCAGGACAUAUCGAGAAGUAACUUACUGAUCAUAGACUGGACCAACUGUUGCAUGUUUGAAACGGUCACAAGACACAAAAGUAGUCAUUGAGUUCUGAGUAAUUGUCUCAGGAGUUUCUAUUUACAGGUAUUCCCCAAUUUUAACAAGUUCGCGCCAAACUCUAGAGAAACUAAUUGAAAUGGUGGAAUUCGGAGUCAAAGAUGGAUGUUUCUAUCGUAGUCAUUCUGUUGUUGGCUCGAUAAUUUCGAACAACCUAAAAUUAAAAACUGCUGGAACUAUUCAGUGCUUUUUUUUUUCAACCAGUCAUUUAUAUCUUUCUUAAACAACGUAGAUCAGCAAAAAUUCAAGGUAGAAAAAAGUUGACCGAAAAAAAAAAAAAAAAAAAUUAAAGAAGAAAACAGAAAGCUCCGUGAUGAAUGAGCUAACCAAAAAUUUGAUUAAGAACCCCGAUAUGAUAAGCGAGUAGAGCUUCGUGUUUCUGGAACAGAGGUGUGAGUCAAUACAUAGCUUAAGGUAAGGACGAGAAGACUUUAAGACUGUGGAACUAAGAACACGGACGAAGAAGACGAAGUAGAAGAACUAGCAGUUGGCGAAAAUGAAAUUACUUACGCACUCAUAAACUUCAUCAACAACACCUUUGUUUCACAUUUUUACAGACAUCAUGAGACAUGCGUGCUUAUAAAAAAAAAAAACGACGUUUCCUGUUUAUGGUCGCGGUGCUUUUAUAAUAGCUGACGUCGGAAGUUUGUAUCAAAUUUUGUAAAGAGAAGGUCUUGAUCUCAACAGAUAUCUAGAAUUCGCGGCAUUGAAUUGUUUUGUCUUGAACUGAAACAAAGCUUGUCAAAUGAUCGCCGAAAAAAUAUACCUAUAUCCUUUUCGUCUCAUUAGAGACAUGGCCUUAAAAAAGAUUUUUCCGUUUUGCACAUCUGUGCAUACAAAAAAGAAGAUUUGUGUGCCCAUCGAUUCAAAACGUUUUUACACACUACCUCUGCAUAUCCUUACCCCAGGCAGUUGAUGACUAUGUUGGGUCCCCAGAAAGAGGGGGUUAACACAAACUUCUUGAGGGCGGGGGUGGAAAGGGUUUGGUGGGCAACGGUUGGAGUUUGACAUUACCCAAAGAGGGGUGCAGAAUUUCAACCCAGCGUGUCUUAUUGUUCAGAGUCGCGACGGACAUGGUUUUGUUUAAUGUAAAACACUUCCAAGGAAAAAGUGCUUCAAAAACUACUGCGCGUUUUUUUUUAAAAAUAAAUGUUUUAAAAUUCAAUUUAAGUUUUUAAAGCUUCAAUUCUCAAUCACCAUCUAGUUGUUUUAAAUACAAUUUAAAGGUGACUGAUCUUUCAAGGACCGUCUCUCUACUGUUCUGAAUUGUUUGUUUUUUUUAUUUACCGAGAUUUUGUUUUAUGCUUAGUAGGCAUUUAAAAAACACUAUCAAACUGUUUUUUGACAUAACUUCUUUCUAUUCCUUUUGUUAUAGAUGGUUCCAACGACAGCAACUUCACAUUCAAUGUUUCGAUUCCUACAAACGAGAUUUUGAAAUCUGCAAAACUUCUACUUUACAAGUAUCCUUCGAAUCAUGCCUCAUAUUCACGUUCCAGCCUGUUGGUCACCAUCCAUGACAUUUACAGUGGCAGGGAAAUUGCAUCCAAACUUGUAGCCAUACAAACUGUUGGUUGGAUAAGCUUCGAGUUGCCACGGGGCAUAAUCCUCCGCUGGAAACGCAAGCCACAAACUAACGCAGGCGUUUCUGUAAGGAUAGCCGGAUCACCUCGCCUCACCAUUAAUGCAAUUCGGUUUGCAACGCGGCAAAAAAACGCCACUUUCCAGCCACUCAUAGUCGCUUACUGCAGUGUUACGAGUUCUCUUUUUGCUGCGUUACAGAGAUCCACUGUUAAGAGAGUCCCAAGAGAUCGUAGAUCAGAUCAAUCGAGUCAUAAGGGUAAGUGUGGACUUCAAAAACUUAACAUCAACUUUAAGGACCUAGGAUGGGACAAGUGGGUCAUCGCUCCUAAACAGUACUCGGCUUCCUACUGCGCGGGAACAUGCCUGGAUCGGUACGAUAACACCCAGAGUAACCACGCUCUGAUACAGCUAAUGAUGCACCAGGAAACUCCCGGAUAUGCCAACGCCCCCUGCUGUGCACCAACACAAAUGGCCCCCAUUUCUAUGUUGUACUAUGGUGGGCCAGGGGAAAGUACUUACGUUCUGAAGCAAAUGAAAGACUGGGUGGUUACCGCCUGUGGUUGCAAGUAGAGAGGGACUUUGUCGGCGCUAUCGUUUCCAACUUCAAGAUCGGGCCUGUCCAGAUUGUGCUCGGCAACUUUUAAGCAAAAGGUUUUUUAGCAACUUUUAUUUCAGCUGCUUUGCAUAAUGCAUAGUUUGACUAAACCACCAAGCUAACCAGACGCCAAACGAUCGGCCGCCAAGUAAAACUUCAGCAAGUGUUGUGUUAAAACAGGUUUACUAGACGAUAGAAUCGGACACGCUAACGAGAUUACUUUAUUUAACACAUGUCUUGAAGUCUGUAACACAAAUGUAGACGAAAGAAACGUAAAAUAAGUCAACUUUCGACGAGAGAAAGUUGGUUGUCUUGUCAUCACUGCAGCGCCUUUAGAAAAACGCAAGGUCGACAGAAAUGUUGAUCCGCCUUCCCAGCACAUGU